CAACAGGCGCACCCAGAAACAAGCUUUGGUGGCCUAAUAUUUGGACCACACCUUGAUCCUCGAGGAGACUCGAAACUCCCACACAAGUUACAGAGGAGCCGGCCUCCAGUCCCGCACAACCUUCGACAAUGCAACCACGCCUCGUUCUUCGUUUCACUCUGGGCCUUGUCCUCGGCACCUCCAUCGCCAUCACCAUACCGCGAGCAGAGAAUGGAACUCUCCAACAACGCACGACAAUCUACUUCCCCGGUCCUAUUCCUGGCCGUAGCGAUGCCCGAGCCGUCCAUGACGUGCAAGUCCCCGCUGAGCUGGCCUCACGCUCCUCCUCCGACGCCACAACCACGGCCCUGCUGGUCCGCGGUGAUGAAAACGGGGAUAACAGCAGCAACAACGGGAAGGGCGCCUCAAAGAGGUCUGCUUCAGCGGUAGAGGCAACACCUGGCACGAAAAGUGACAAAAGUGAUCCUAAAGAGGUAGCGGAGGCGGUAACCAAAGAUACCUUCGCUCUCAUUGGAAAGAUCGCACUAGGAGUUCUUAUCCCUGUAAUAAUCUGUGUUGUUGUGGUUGUCUGGUACAAGCACCACAAGAAAGGAGUAAAGAAGGAGCUAGAGAAUUUGAAAAGUAUGAGGCAGAAGGGUUGGUAUGGGAGCGACGGGUCGUUCACGACAUCGAAGUACCGAAGCAGAAGAAUGGUGUGAAAUAGCCGCGGCUCAGGGACUCAGGCUGGGGCGGCGAUUGGGGUUGAUCAUUGCUGUUCUUUGGUUAAUCCACCAGAUAUAUCGUGGUUGGUCGGAUAUAGCGAGCUGUUAGGUAGAGCUCCUGCCUCCUGUAUCGGUG